ACCCCCCUUUUACUCCUCUGACUUCUCUGUCCCUAACUCUCCUCUCCUUUGUUACCUGUUCUUUCCUAUAAUCAAAUUCAAACAUCAAUACCUACCAUCCCUCACUCUCUCUCUCCCCAUUUACUCCUUUAGUUUUUAUUCCUUUUCAGUUAAAACUUCUUAGUUAAACAAAUAUGCAAUCUCAUGUUACCUUGUAUUAGUCUUUCAGAAGCAUUGAAAACCUGAGGACCAGUUUUGUCCUCUCAUAAUCAGUCAUAGCAAGAAAAAGCAACACUUGAAACAGAUGUCUCCAAUUCCAAAGCAGUUUUUAGGGUGAUUUCAGAAGCAAGCCACUUUCACUUGAUCUUGAAAUUUGAGACUGCCAUCUAUGUACUUAACUACUGUCCACAGAAAAGUUGGAAUCACAGAGUAAAGGAAAUGGUUUCUGGAUUUUACUUUCAAACUUCUCAUCAUCCCAUCAGUGCACCCUUUUGGCAUCAUGAAACUCUGCAUCUCUUGCCAAGGAUCCUAAGUAAUUUUUGUCUCUAAGAGAUCCCAGAUAAAACAAAUCUUUCACUGCUAGCUCUGAAAUAGAUCUUAUAUUCUAACUUAAGCACAGCCAUAUCAUGAAACCAAACAUUGAUCUUGAAGUGGAGGCCUAUGCAGAAUAUGAAUCUGAUGUUACCAGCCAAGUUGCUUCUUCCAAUGUAUCAUCAAUUCAAGAAACCUCUUUGGAUCCUUGCAGUGACUACAGCCUCACUAACUCUUCCAUCAUCACAAAUCCAUCAUCAGGUGAUGAUGUUUCACUUGGCUUAACUCUCAACUUCAAGAAUAAUGAGUUAGGGGCAGGGGCAACAGCAGCAGCAACAGACUCAAUAGGAGGAUUCUCAAGUACUUGUGAGAGCAGCAAUGAACCUAUAGCAUUAGCUGCAGCAACCAUUCCAAGAGUCUUCUCUUGCAAUUACUGUCAGAGAAAGUUCUUCAGCUCUCAGGCUCUUGGGGGGCACCAGAAUGCACACAAGAGAGAGAGGACAUUAGCCAAAAGGGCCAUGAGAAUGGGGUUUUUCUCUGAAAGGUAUGCAAGUCUAGCAUCUCUCCCUCUUCAUGGUUCUUUCAGAUCUUUAGGGAUAAAGGCACACUCCUCACUGCAUCAUGGUUUCUCUCCACCAUUAGCAAUGAGGCCUAAUACUCCUACUGAGGUUAAAAGCAAUGCAAAAUUUGAGCAAGGGUAUCCUGGCCUUCCAAUAUUCUUGGAGGAUGAUGAUUCAGAUUUGCUUUGGCCUGGUAGUUUCCGCCAGGUUGCAGUGGAAACAGGUGAUAAUAGCCACCAGAAUUUCAUACUGACUGGAAAUUCAGGUUUGAGUUUCACUGAGGUGAAUCCACCUUUAGAGGUAGAGAACUCCACACCAGAUUUGACAUUGAAGCUUUGAAGGAGGAAUUUGGAUUCCUUGCAGUCGAAAAAUUCCUAAAUUCACGCUGUCAUAGAAUUUGAGCCGUUCAAUCAAGAUGUCUCAAUUCUUAAGGUAAUCUCUAUGAAUGAACUUGGUGAAAUAUAUGAGCCGACCGAUCUAGAUCUAACGGUGUAGAUUUCUUGAACGCGUGAAUGUAGGAUUAUUCUGACAGCAAAGAAUUGAGAUGUCUGCUUUAUUGAUAUAUUAUUGUACGGUAAUCGCAUGUUUGGAUCAGCUUCUAUUUCAACAGAAUCAAUUAUGGCAUACAGAAGCUACUCACAAAAGUUUCUCCUCUCAUAACUGGCUAUGCUUGGAAAAUUAAUUGUAGAAUGAUUUACAAACAUGUAGUAAGAUAUGUAUGAAAGGGGCCAUAUGAUUGCCAGAUUGGUUACCGCACUUUGUUAGAUUUGCUCUUUCUUUCAUUUUUCGGUUUUCCCUUAGGAGUCCUUGCUUUGGUAGUUUGCCCUGUAUGUUUCUCAAUGUAUUAAGAGCUCUAGGAGGACCAUUUUGGAGCAUCCGUGUUUGGCAUAUAAGUUAUGUACUGUAUGUUUUCUUUGCCUUUGAUUUCUAUUAUGGAUUAUAAUGAUGAUUUAUAAAGUAUGAACUCAUCUUAUUACACCA